CAGUCGACGCGUGCGCGCCAAAAGACCCGUUGCCAGUGUUGCCAGUGCUGCCCCCACUGGAAAGACAAUGCAUACACUCAUCCUGGCGACGUUAAUGGCGGCCGCAGCGGCCAUGCCCUCCUACAUAGCAGUGCCUGCUGACCAGAUCGCGUUCGUGGACCUCAGAUCUUUACACGUGCGUCGGGUCCCAAGACAGACGCUGACGCCGCCUCCGCUGCAGAACCUGUACACCCACCAGGACUACCAGGCGAUACCUAUACAGCACUAUCAGCAGAUUCAGCAAGAACCGGUGGCCCUCAGCCCUCCAGAGCAAGAAGCACCUGCUAGAUUGGUGCGUUUGCAGCAACUGCAGCAACUGCAACAACAGCCUCAAGACGCCUCCAGCUCGGCCUCCUUGGGCGCGUCCCAACAGCUGGCAGAGAGGCCGCCAGACUUCGGGGAGUUCGUAGACUUCGGUGCCCACACCGGGGACAAUGGGGCCUUCGGAUGGUACGCCGACUACCCCGUCAAUAACCAUGACGACCAUCAUGGGUACAGGAAGUAAUGGGUUAAGCCGAAAGGCACUUUUGCACUUGCCAGAUAAGUAGCACUAAUUGUUUUAAAUUGAAGUUAAGGUUAGCAUUGGCGUAGUUGGUUUUAUUUUUUUUACUAGUGUUCAAAGAUCUACGAGUAGUUCAAGGUUUAAAAAAGGUAAUGAACUAAUAGAGAAUAGAAUAAUGAAUGUAGAGAUAGAGGUAUCUCGAGUUUCGUAUAUGAUUGACCAGAAGAACACAAUAACUGAAAUUCUGGGAAAGUUUGUUUUCAGUCAAGUUCAAAUAAGUAUUAUGUAAAAACUUUGUUAUGUUAGUAGUAUUAUCCAGUUACGCCAAUGCUAAAGAUUUACCAAAGACAGUAUUAUUUUCAAGUGAUGUUAGUUAGGUAUAAAGCAGAAUCGCCGCACAUUUGUUUUAGACGGUGAAUUCCGCAAUAAUUGCACGUUUUAUGAAACUUAUAGUUCCUUUAGGGUUAAGUAGUUCAAAGUACACUGUGAUACGCACCAGGUCGGCGUUUUUCUUCUAUUCUUCUUAACUGAUCAUAGUUCUAUGUCUUCAUUUCAACUGCUUGCUUUUCAUCACUUUUCGCUUUUCUAUCACUUCACCA